UCUCUUUCUCUCUUUUGGUUUUCUUCUUCUCUUUCCUCCUCUUGUGUCUACAAAUUGAAUAUGUUUAUAGAAAGAGAGCGAAAGAAGAUUGAAGAUUGUCUCUAAUUUCUCUUUCUUUUUUUCAUCUCUGAGAGAAAAAGAGAAAGAGAAAGGCGUUGCUCUUUCUCUCUCUUACCUUGGUGUUGGUUUUUCUUUUGCUUCUUUUCAUUCUCCAUUUGAAUGAUGAUUUCUUUCUGUCCUCUUGUGUUUCUUUUCUCUAUGAGAAUUGAAUUUUUUUCAUUCUUCUAAGAGAAAAGGAGAAAAAAGGAGAUAUUCUUUAUUUAGUUUAAUAAUUUACCCAUAAAUUGUAAUUUGUGUUGCAUGUUUUACUCUACAAUUUACACUUGUUUGGGACUUUCUCUUUUUUCAUCCACCAGAUCAAGGAAACAACAAAACAAGAGCUGAGAGAACAGUUUCAACUCAAUCUCUUUUUCUUUUUACUAUUUCCACCAACAACAAUUACCAUCAAUAAAUAGUAGUCAUAGAAAUUGUAUAUUUGAUUUAAUUGUGUCAUCACCAUCAUCAUCAUUCACUUAUUAGUUGAUCAAAAAAUAAGUCACCAUUCCCAAGUUAAAACGGCAAUUGUGUCGUCUGUGAUAAUAGAUAAUCAAAGGAUAGACACCAAAUAAUGGGUCUUCUUAUAUAUACUUUAUAUGGAUUUGCAAUUUUUUUCUUCUCCGGUUGGUUAUUUAUCUGGCUGGUACAUUUUAUGGCCAUUUUCAAUGGGAAAAUGAAACUUCAUAGGAAAACAAUUCUACCUACGGAGACUCCUCUACCUGGUGUAUCCAUAAUUAAACCUUUAGUGGGUAUUGACUCAAAUCUAUUCAUUAAUUUGGAGAGUUUUUUCCUUCUCAACUAUCCACAGUUUGAAUUACUUUUUUGCAUACACGAUGACAAGGAUGCUUCAAUUAUGUUUGUUAAACGAUUAAUUGAAAAAUAUCCCAAUGUAGAUGCUAAAAUAUUUAUUGGCGGCAACAAAGUGGGCAUUAAUCCUAAAAUUAACAACAUGAAACCAGGAUAUGAUGCAGCUAAAUAUGAUUUAAUACUCAUUUCCGAUAGUGGAAUAAGAAUGAAAGAAGAUACUUUACUUGAUAUGGUCACUUCCAUGAGAGAUGAUGUAGCCCUAGUUCAUCAAAUGCCAUUUACUUGUGAUAGAAAAGGUUUCGCGGCCACUCUAGAAAAGGUUUACUUUGGUACAGCUCAUGCUAGAAUUUAUUUAGCAACGGAUCUUGUGGGAGUUAAUUGUUGUACAGGAAUGUCAGCACUAAUGAGGAAACAUUUACUCGAUGAGGUUGGUGGCCUCGAGGCGUUUGCCCGUUACCUUGCUGAAGAUUUUUUCUUUGCCAAAUCACUUACCGAUAGAGGUUGGAAAGUAAGAAUAAGCUCACAACCAGCCUGGCAAAAUUCGGCUCCAUUAGCAGUUGAAUCUUUUCAAAAUAGAAUAGCAAGAUGGGCUAAGCUCAGGUUCGCCAUGGUUCCUAGUACCAUCAUUUUAGAGCCAAUAUCCGAAUGUGUAUUCCUGGGAAUUUUAGCUUCCUGGUCUUUAAAUUUUCUCUUCCAAUUUGAUCCAUUCGUGGUCUACCUGUUCCAUGCUCUUCUGUGGUUUCUUCUUGACUACGCACUAUUAUGUAUAAUUCAAAAUGGUUCAUUACCUUUCGCUAAAACAGAAUUUGUGAUCGCUUGGUGUUUUCGUGAGUUCACCGCAUCCAUUGUAUUUCUUAAAGCUCUUUGGGAUCCAGAGAUAAAAUGGAGGACGGGUACAUACAAAUUAAAGUGGGGAGGUGUUGCUGAAGAAGUGAAAACCAAGCUUUAACCACCGAGGAAAUUUAUCAAGUCCAGCAUUGGCGAUUUUUUAAUUUAAUUUAUCACCUUUCUCUCUCUCUCUCUCUCUCUUCUCCUUCUCUCCAACUCUCUUCAACUUGAACAUAAUACAACAAUGUUGUGUCUGUGAGAAUAUGAAAAUGAUUCUGGAAUCAAUUUUCAUUGGAAUGAAAUUGACACAAGAUCCACCAACACCAGAGGCAAAAAUUAGGAAAUAAUGAUAAAAAUAUGGAUCAAGAGAGGAUGACCUUUUAUUGACAAAGAAAAAGAAAACUAAUAGGAAAAAGUUUCCACUUUUUUUUCUAUUAAUAUUAUCACCAAGAUUGUUGAUAUAAUUAUUAUUUUCAACGGAACAUCUCAUCUUUAUUCAAUUGAAGCAACAACAAAAUUCAACCAAAAAGCAAAAGCAUCAUCACAAACCAUCAUCGCCAGGAGAUACAUCAUUUUUUUUUUCAAUGGUUUCAAGCUUCAUCUUUUUUAUCAAAGAUUCUGCUGAAACUUUUAUUACUCGCCAUUGUUUCUCACUUGUGGGUGGUUGUGCUCUCUCUCUCUCUCUCUCUUUCAUUACUUUGAAUAUUUAUACUGGUUUCUAUUUAAUAUUCAUCAUCUUUCAUCUUUCUGUUCUUCUGGUGUCUUAUCUUGGGCAUUUCUACUUCAUAAGCAUCUCUCCAUAGGAAGCGAGAAAAAAAAUGCUGAUAUUGUCAAUGAAAUACUUUACAUCUUCUUCUUGUAUACACCACCCUGGAUCUUUCUCCCUUCCUCCUCCGGGACGUCCAUGCGAGAUAAAUGAUGACAACAAGAAAAAGAUAAUGAUAUGGACUCUAAUACAUUAAGCUGUUGUUCAUUUUCUUCAAUCAAUCGAGAGACUUAUUUUACACUGUGGGAGACUUUUUCCUUUUAUUCACCUAUCAUCUUGACUUAAUCCUCUUCUGCUUCUAUGAUAACAUGCAAAAAAAACAAAAGUGCCUCAUUCCAUCUUCCACCGUGACUACGUAUUGAAUUUCUGUGAAUUUACCUGUUAACUGGCAGGAGAAAAAUAGAGAGCAUGGUUACUCUGAAAAGGAAAAAAUCGAGAUGAAAAUGAUUUCAACAUGAAUAAAGCAUUUUCCUUUUAUGGCCAACACUUGAUUCAAUUGAGAUUGGCUGCUAAAGAUAAUUAAUUUACACCGUUAAAGUUUAAUCAGCUGGAAAUUAUGUACAGAUAACCGAUUCCGGAACAGCCAUUUCCUUAAAGAUGAAGAAAUCACCAAGGUCACCAAUUUUUAUUUCCAAUGUCCUUCUAAUGCCCAAUGAGAGGAGUAUUAAAGGAUAAAUAUCUCUAAAUAGCUGAUAAAACACUAUGAAUGGUAGCACAAAGUAAGAGGGAAAAUAUUCAAAUCAACGUUUCUGGAUAUUAAAAGGAUUCUUAAUUUUACUUGAUCAUCAUAAUCAACAGUAGAAGGUACAACAACAACAACAACAACAGUUGCAUACAUAUGAAUAUGAAUGUAUGAAAACACCAUUAAGCAUGAAGUACUUUUCGUCAUAUUUGUUUUCCUUCACUUGAAGUGUGUUCGGAAAAUGAAACGGAAAAUUCAAGAGAUUGGAUUAAACAUGAAAUAUUCAUGAAUUAAGAAACCAUGAAUAUCUGUUAACCUGAUCAGAAGCAGAAACGUCUUCUUUAUGAACCAGUUACUAUAAAUCAAGAAGGAGCUAAAUUGUCAUCUAAAAACCAGCAAAGAAAAGUACACAUCAGUUCAGUGGACCCGUGAACAUGAUGACAACAACAACAAUUAAAGACGAUGAUUAAAACCCAUUUAUCUCAUGAAAACGAAAAAUACUUCAAACAUACACACACACACAAAACUUAAUAACUAUUAAAGUUGAUAACCUUUUGCUGUUCUCGCCGAUUUUUAUGAAAAAGUUGAAACCAAUCACAAAAAAUGAUAAUUAUUACAACACCAAGUAUCGUUAUCUGAUUAACUUAUCCAGUUGGAUGGACAAUUGAAAAUCGUAACUAGGUGUGUAUGUGUAUGAAUGUGUGUAAUCCCGUCUCUCGAUUAUAUCAAACUGACACCCGGAAGGCAGCAAAAGGGAUUAAUAAAAUAAAUGGUAAUCAUGUACAACUUUUAAUCCCUGAUGUAUAUUUUUAUGGUUAAUUACAAAGUCAUCAACUAGAAACAAGGUUAACACAAGAAACAAUCACCCACCAAUUGAACAACUUCCUGUUGUUUAUUUUUUAUCUUCCUUUUUCAUCUUAAUUGUAUCAAGGUGGACACCACCCAUGGAAAUGAUUAACCAUCAUCAUCGUCAUCAUCACAAUUAACUAAUUUCAAGUAUAUAUGAUAGUUGCGUAACAACAACAUCAACAUCAACUUUGAAAAAGUAAAAUUGAAUGGAUGGAUUUUAUUGAUUAACUUUUUUCUUUCGCCUACAAUUACAACAAAUCGUCAGCUUUGAUUAUUCACAACAACAAUUAAGACAAACACAAGAAGGAGAAACACAUACACACACACAAAA